CGAACGGUAGCGGCCCGUCGCGGCGGCCCGGCAGCGACCGCGUCCGCACGGCCACCUGAGCGCCAGCCGCGAGCUGCGUCCAGCCCGCCUCGCUCGCUUGCUCGCUCGCUCGCUCGCUCGCGGCCCGGGGCGGCGCGGACAUGGGCGCCAAGCAGAGCGGCCCCGCCGCCAACGGCCGCACCCGCGCCUACUCGGGCUCGGACCUGCCCUCCGGCAGCGGCGGCGGUGGCGGGGCGGACGGCGCUCGGGCGGCCCGGUUCGCGGCCCCGGUGCCCGGCGCGCAGCAGCCCAGCGCCUCGGCCGGUGCAGCGACGGCGGCGGCGGCUGCUGCGGCGGCGGCGGCCUCGGUCCCGACAGCGCCCCGCAGCCGCUCGCUCGGAGGGGCGGUGGGUAGCGCGGCGGGCGGCCGAGCGGCGCAGUCGGCCUUCAGCAUCCCUGGUGGCGGCGGCGGCAGCGGCGGCGGCAGUGGCCCGUACGGCUCGCAGGACUCGGUGCACAGCAGCCCGGAGGACGGCGGCGGAGCUAGGGAUCGGGACCGGCCAGCGGGCGGGGGCCCUGGCGGGCCGCGCCUGGUGAUCGGUUCGCUCCCGGCCCACCUUUCCCCGCACUUGUUUGGAGGAUUUAAGUGCCCGGUAUGCUCAAAAUUUGUACCUUCAGAUGAAAUGGAUUUACAUCUUGUGAUGUGUUUAACAAAGCCAAGAAUAACCUAUAAUGAGGAUGUGCUGAGUAAAGAUGCUGGGGAAUGUGCAAUAUGCCUUGAGGAAUUGCAGCAGGGAGAUACCAUAGCACGACUGCCUUGCCUGUGUAUAUACCAUAAAGGCUGCAUAGAUGAAUGGUUUGAAGUAAAUAGAUCUUGUCCAGAGCACCCUUCAGAUUAAGCAUCAGAUUCCUGUGUUAUGGGUUUUCUUGUCUUUUCAAGAUGCUUGAGAAAUCUAGAAGAUUUGAAGAUCUGUCUCUGGGGGAAAAAAAAUGAAAACUGCAGGCUUCCUCAGCCAGGAACUGAGUUCUGUGACACUCGGUAAUCCAGAGAUGGACAGGAACCACAGAACUCAGGGUACCAAACUUGCAUAUAAGGGACACACAGGGAUUUUGAAAAUGCUGCACAUCCUGUACUCGUCACUGCGUAGAUGAUACUGAUAAACAUUUUGUAUUCAGACGCCAAAGUUAACUAAUUUCAAAGUUGAUUUACUUUUUAUUAAGUUCUGUAGAGCUGCUGUUUUAUUGUAUUUGUUUUAUUUGUUUGUUUUUAGUUUGGGGGCUUUUUAUUUUCCCCAACAUAAUGCUUCUGCAUUCACCUAUUCUUAACUUGAAAACCACCCAAUUUAGUUCUUACAAACUCUUCAAUGUGAAACCAAGAAAUGUAAUCAACACAGAAUAAUAUUCUAUGAAUGGAGAGUAUAAUCUCAAGUUCUUCCAUUUUUUCCCUAUGUGUGAAAAAUAGAUUUCUGGAUAGGAGAGCUAAAAUAUGUUAGUAGUUUGAAUUAAAGGUUUAAUAUUAUAAAAAUGCCAUCCAAAGAGUAAAUCAAGUUACAUAAUUACAUUUUAGCUAAUUAAAUGUAGAAGUGUCUACUGAAUUGCAGUUUCUGAAAAACAUUGUUUCUUUUGAAAUAAAACUGCGCAAUAGCUUGUUAGCAGUGACCAUCUUGCAGCUAUGCAACUUUGAAAAGUCCAGACUUGCAGGUCGUCUUGGUGCGGGGCCGCAGUGACUAUCCUGACAGGGAUCUUUUCUUCCUUUCAUAUAACUAUGUCAUUGUGCUUGGCAUUUCCAGGCAGGUUUCCCAUGUUUGGUAAAAUGUUUAGCGAGUUGUAAACUUAAUACCUUAUGAAAAGGGUGAAAUAAACACGUCUGCAGUGGGACUUGUAGUAAUUUGAGGGACAUUUUAUAUACUUUUAAAAAUCAGAAUUUAAUUGGGAUGCCAGAUUUCUAGCAACUUGCAUCUUUAGUUUUCCAGAUAAUCUGGAAGUUAGCAUUUGAUAAAUGAUUUUUAAGCAAAUAUAAAGAUUUUGUUAAUUUAUAAUUUAUUAAUGUGUUGUUACUGUAAUUGAAAAUGUUGUGGAUACUUUUAAAUUCAGUCUUUGUAGAAAGAACUGUAUUAAGCAAAAUUAUGUGAAUAAAUAUUCCCCCAAAAUACAUCUGAUGGUUAAGAAUACUGAAAGAGUUUAGCUAUGAGGACUCCAACAGUGUAUGUCUUUUUAAAAUACUGUCAGAGUAUCACUAAGUAGGUUUCACGUUUGGGUUCCUCAGGAGAAUGUCGUUUCCCUGGUCUAGUCCGGGCUGCACAGUCCUGCUUCCGGCCGAGCUGUCAGGGUGCUGAAGUAUGUGUUCCUCCGAUGCUGCUGCGCUCUCUCUCACUUGGUCCCAGCCCUAUUGCUUCUGCUUCCCCUUUUUCAAAAGGGCAAAGGGCAGGACGGGGUGGGGGUGGGAGGGGGAGUUGUCCAGAUCAUGCAAUGAACUUGCAUUGUUUUCCUGUGGUUGUAGGCUAGAUACUACUUCCCUGCAGUUACACUGUGGCCUACCUGUUGGGGACAGUGGUCAGACACAGAACCUCAGUGGGAGGGACGGCUGCCAGCUCAGCUCUGUAGCUGCUUUUUUCCUAUCCAGGUGUAGGAAGUUACUCUUCCCUCAAGGGAAAUUUUCUUACCUUAAUUUUUUGUUGUUAUUGUUAAUAUGAAAUCUCAAUCUAUUUUACUUUAUCUUUCAUUUUGUACACUUUCCUCUCCCCUCUGAUUUUCCCCAAGGAAGAACUCUUAGAAUGUGAAUAAUCACUUUGCUUUCUACUACUGGUGUAUUGUCGUGGUAAGAAUUACCUCCGCUGGCCUCUCUUCUUGGAGAGCAGCUGUGGUAAUGAAUGUUUAUAUUCCCCUGGAAGGUGACCUGCUUUGUGCCAAGCUCAACUUGUUGGACGUCUCAGCCUAAGUUUGCCCUUCCUUCACAUGUCCUCCAGCGCUCUUGAUGGCUUCUCUGCUGUGGCUGCUGCCUCCAAGCUCCUGCGGUAUUAGAGGCCAGUACUGCUGUGUCCAGGACACCGGCAGGCUGUGCCUGUCUGGACAGUAUUUGCUGAACUCCAUUAAAACAACCUUUUUUUCCUCCCUCAGAUUUUAUAAAGUUGGCAUUUUUACUUUAAAUUCUGUCUGUAAUGAUUUCCUAUAAAGAAUAAUUUAGAAAUAGAAGAAAGGAGAUGUUCCAGUUUCUGUUCAAAGUUACUAUUCUGGGAAUGUUCUACAACUGAUAGUUUAAAACACUGUUUAUAAUAUUUAUCAGUCUGUAUUCAGACACUGAGUAGCAUCAGUCAUAAAGUUAUAUUAGUUAUUUGAAUGUUCAGCUGAAACUACUGACAGUAACUACGACAGAGACGGGAUCACAGUGGGUCCUCACCUACCCAGCCAGCCAUCACCCGCUAGGAUCCUCCCUCGUAAAUGCUCUCAGAUAAGGUCGGUCACGAGUAUGUGCAGAAGAAGGAGGUACAUGCUUGAAUUUCUCUAAUGCUGCUCUGUCCAUCAUGAACUUUCUGCCAAUUUUUAUUCUUUCAUCUGGCUGUUUAUUUCCUCUUUACCAGGAUAUUUAAGAGAAGCACUAUUCUCUUUAGAAAACCAAUUCUUUCUUUGAUUCCUCUCUAGAGAAAUAGACAAUGAUUUUCAAACCUAGUUAUAAAUCAGACUGUACGAUUGUUUUAAGAAGAAUUUCUGUGACUAAAAUAAGCAGUGGUCUCUCACUGACUUGGUGUGUGUGACAGAAACCACAGUGGUCAACUCAGGUUGACUGUGGGAGUGUAUAGGCCUGGGCUUCCCAGUGCAAGUCUUCUGCAUUCUUAAAUGUUCCAUAAUUACUCUGGUUUUCACCCGUGUAGACACUAGGGUGUAGCCCAGAAUAACCAAGGACAAUCCUCAGCAUAGCUGCAGCACAUACAGCAAAGCUGUUUCCACCUGAAUGAAUUGUCCGAGAUGGCAAGCCUUUCCAGACCUUAUCUCAGACUGGGGUUCUAAGUCUGGGUGUGGUGAGGUUUCAGAGCACUCAUUGCCACAAGGUCCAGGCUGGCCUGGGUUGUUCUAGGCUAGCCUGUCUCAAAAAAAACAAAAACAAAAACAAAAGCAAUCAUUUUAAUAUGUUACAGCAAGACAUAGGCAUAUUCCUCUCAGUGAGAAGGAUCAUGAAUUCAGUGUAAAUAGGAACUACUUUUCUGUACUGACUUGAGUUAGGUGAGGGGAUUUCCCCAACAGUAAGCUAAUGGUGAGCAAAGCAUGAAACUCAAAAUUCGAGAAUAGUUGUGUUUGUAAUCUGACUUUAUAUUGACCAUAUGACUCAGACAGCCUUAUGCUUCACAAAGGAGGUUUCCAUCUAAACCAACGCAGAUCGUCCGGGACAUACAAAAUGACUUAGAGGCAAAUGACGCUGUUGUCAUCAAUGUCCUUUGCUGCUGGUGGGUGCUCUGGUGCAUUCGGCCAUUUUCUGUGGGUUUGGUUUACCCUGGUGUAAACUAGGUAUUCACUGACAGAGAGGAAACGUGAAAUGUCCCUUGUUACUCACUGUACAGAUAAUUUAACUUGACUUAAAAAGAAUAGUAUGUCAGUGCUUUGGAGCCCAUUCUCCUAUUUUUCCUAAAAUCUGUAAUUUAGUAUUUUCUUAGCUGUGGUGUGACUGUAGUUUCCUGUUUCACUGUCUGCUCCUCCUUCCCACAUCUGCUGCUGAGUCUGACUGGCUGCUGCUUACUGUACUCCUGGUGGUGAUUCACAUUCUGAAAUCAUUAAGAAAACAGUUUUGGUGAGACUGUACCCAGUACUUUAUACCAUAUUCUCUAAAUGUUGUGCUUAAGCUAGGAAACGGAAUUUUUUUUUAUUAGAGUUCUGUCUUAAAUGGGAAAUACCUGAUCUCCUAAGCUUGUUGACUUUCUGUGAGAAAUAAAAGGCCUUGAACACCAGAAAUGUUAAUAUUUAGUUUACUAUGCACAGUCAUUGUCCUCACAGUUAUGUCAUAACUCUUCUUCGUUUUUUGACCAGUGGCUGAAUAUAAGGUAGUUUGUUGUUUUGUUUUGGUCUCUUUGUUUAUGGAGAAGCAAAGAGAAGUUGAUAUGAAUUAACAUCCCCACACCAAAAAAAAAAAAA